GCUAGUUCCUGUGCAAAGGUUCCUUCGUCUGACAAGGUAUCUCCCAAUCAAUCAGGUUUCGUCCAGUCGCUUUGAUAGGCGUAGAUACCUGUGGAAGAUUCUUUCUCAUUCAAGUCAAUGUUAGAAGUAAAUCAAGAUGCCUUCGUUAUGUGUUACUUCACUAAUACUUAUGUCUAGAUCCUUUAUGUCCAGAGUCUUCAAAGCUGAUGUUGUCCUUGACAAUCAAGAUAAUGCCCAAGGUGAUGAUGUACCGGAAGUCUUUAAAAGCUCAGGUAGCCGAGCCGAGUCCACGUACACCACGCAUAUCCUAUCGACACCCAUGGCCGCCCCCUGGCAAAACCAGAGACAACUUAUCAGCGGGUUAAAUUGUGCUACAAAAUGCUACAGAGCACUCUGUAGUGAAUGACGUUUCCCUGAUUUGAAGGAUUAUUUGGAACGCGAUCUCUCUAUUCUGCCCGACAGCGCUCCCCACCUCAUCACAGCCUCGGAUGAUCAAAACCUCACUCCCAAAAAACAGUCACCAGUGGAAUAG